AUGUGGGAGAAGGCGAGGAAGGGGCGCGCUGCAGAGGCGGCGGGCGAGCCGGAGGUGGCGCCAUCGCCGGCGCCGCCGCCGGUGUUCAAGACGCUCAGGGAGAAGAAGGCGGCUCAGGCGUCAGCGGAGGGCUGGGCGGCGGAGGUGGCGAGGGCCGAGGAGCUCUACGAGGAGCUGCGCGAGCGCGCGCCCCAGCACUGCCGCCGUGGCGGCAAGUGGGCGCGCGAGAAGUUCGUGAUGGCGGUGCAGGGAGAGAUGGAUGACGCGGAGGGUGGGCACCGGGACUGGGAGGAGGACCCGCUCGGGUUCGACACCAACCCGAUGCUGCUCCGCGCCAUGUGCAUGGCGUUCGAGUGA